ACAGGUAUGUUGACAGUUCCCAUUGCCGAGGUGACGUGGCCCAUGAUAUUGGUCCUGGUGUCGUUGCUGUCCGCCGCCAUCGGCGCCCUCUUCAUGGUCGUCUUCCUACACCUAAAACUACGACUUUCCGGACGCACAGCACCAUCUCGGCCAGAAUGUUUGGUGUCGUUCGAUCCGCCCACGGACCGGGUGCAUCACCAUCACCACCAUCAGCAGUUGCACCACCACCAGCGACAGAUCGCCCAGAUAGCGGCGGGGGACCACCACCACUUGAACCACUUGAACCACAUGAACCAUCUGAACAACCUGAACAACCGUCGCGCCGGCCCGAUCGUCCGGCGAUCCGGUGGCCCGGACGGCACGUCGUCCAUCAAGCACACCGGACCCGGACGGCCGUCGGGUGGCGGUGGAGUUCGUAACGGCGUCGGCGGUGGUGGUGGUGGGGGCGGGGGAGUCGUUGGGAGCCUCAUCGGGGGCAGGAUCGGCGGGGGUGACGACGGUGGUGUCGGCGGCGGCGGCGUUGGGCAUCAGCUGUCCGUGAACCCGGGCGAUUGGUUCCGGUGGUUCCGGCGGAAACGAGGCGCCGUGCUGCCGCCGGACGCCGUGCCGUCCAAUCAGAACGCCGUCCGCGCCAACCAUUACACGGUCGAAGAAGCGGCCGCCGCCAUACCAGUGGUGGUGUACGCGUCCGUUAUCGGUGGAGGUCAGGAUGACGGUCCACACAACAUGUCACCGCCACCGCUGUCCCUGUCGUCGGCCGCCGACGACGUGCUGUACACCGAACUGGACCGGGUUCCGACGCCUGCUUACCACAACGCCGGUUACGCGUUCGACCAGCACAGCAGCGCCUACUACUCGGACAUGUACGAGCCAAUCGACCCCUAUCACAAUCAUCACCACCAUCAGCGGCAGAAUUCGCUGCCGUCCGACUACGUCUGAUAUUACGCCCGGCACGCGCCGCCCGCGAAUCGCCGCCGCCGUCGCAGCCGACGACGCCGAUCGCACGCCGCCGCACUGCCGGUCUCGGUUCCAACGGUCUCUCGCGUGUACCGUGAAAUAUUAAAAUAGAACUAGUCGCUGUACGCUGCGGCUCGUCUGCCGAAAAUGCUGUUCUGCGGUCCUGCACCACGACGAUGCACUAAUGCACUUGGGCUAUGCGACAUCAUCGUGCCCGCGAUGACAUGCUGAUUUCGUCGCAGAUCGAUCGAUUGCGGCCACCGUUCUAAUAUUAUAAUUUAUAAUAUUAAUCAUCGUGCCAACGACUGACAUCCACUCAUUUCGAUCGAUGACGGUCAGAUGACGCACAGCGACCUAUUACCAAAAACUACCACUAUACAUACAUCGGCCGGCGAAUAUAUAAUAAUAUUAUCACGUUAGCGAAAGUCACAUCAUGUCGGACGUUAAGAUGAUUAUUAUCAUUGUCAUCAUCAUUAUUAUUAUUAUUGUUUAGUGCAAACCUAAAGUUAUUAUUUUUCUUUUUAAUCUUACGUUUAAGUGUAAUUAUAGACUUUUUUUGCAUAAGUGUUUUAAUUAGUUGUUGAUUGUUUAUAUAUACCUACAUAAUACUUCCAGUGAUAAUAAUUAAGUGUAUAUAGUACCUAUAUAUUAUGUAAUUUAUAAUAUUAUUAUUGUUUAAUAACGAACACAGUGUAGCGCCCGCGACUUAAAUUCUAAUAACAUAAUGUGUAUAUAAUGAUACGUUUGCGUUCAACUCUCACCGAAACGACGAUCUUUAAUGUAUAAUAUUACAAUGUAUAAAAUAUAAUAUAUCGUCGUACGCGCAUAAUUAGUCACGAAUGUUAUUUUUUUACUUGCAUAUAUUUAUUAAAAAAUAAUAUGUGUAUAGAUUAUGUACAAAAAUGCAAUAUGGUUAGUCUUUAUUUUAUCUCAGCUAUGUAUACUUGUAUCUUACAGUAUCUCUGUCUUACGCUCUAAUCUUUUCCCCCUCCUCUCACUCUCACACGGUCACUCUCUCUAUCACUCUUUCUCUAUUUUUUUUUCUCUCUCUCAUUCUCUCAUAUUAUCUUGUUUUCACGAUUUUAUAUACUAUUAAAAAUGUUAUUUUAUAAAUCACAUAGUAUUUGUGUAAACUGCAGAAAAAUAUAACAAAAUAUAUUAUAAUA